CUUCGGUCCUAACAGUCGCAAGAUGAGUUUUAAGAACAAAGUUGUGCUGAUCACCGGAGGCAGCGCCGGCAUCGGAGCAGCCACCGCUGAACAAUUUGCUAAAGAAGGAGCCAGCGUCGCCAUCGUAGGCAGGAACGAGGCUGGACUGAAGGCGGUGACAGAGCGGUGCGACCAAUACGGUAGCAAGACCCUCGUCAUCAAAGCAGACGUGGCUGAUGACGCACAGGCGAAAACUAUAGUUGAGAAAACGAUUGAAGCAUUCGGUAGACUGGAUGUCCUUGUCAACAACGCGGCCGUGUAUAAAAGCACUUCGCUGUUGAGCCCCGACAUAAUGAAGAUUUAUGAUGAAGUGACCAGCGUUGACUUGCGCGCUGUCGUUCACAUGACCAGCUUAGCAGCGCCACACCUGAUAAAGACUAAGGGGAACAUCGUUAACAUAUCCAGCGUACUUGGUAAGACGUAUGUGCAGUCACCACAGCUAAUGAUGUACUGUCUCUCCAAGGCAGCGUUGGAGCACUUCUCCCGUGGUGCAGCUCUGGAGUUGGCAGCUUCAGGCGUCCGAGUGAACAUUGUGAGUCCAGGUCCUGUGCGUACUGCCUUGGUAAAAAUCUUGGAGACUGAGAAUAUAAUUGAAGAUGUCUCUUUAACUACUGCCCUACAUAGAGUAUCGGAACCUGAGGAAGUAGCUGAUGUGAUCUUGUUCCUGGCCAGUGAUAAAGCUAAAGGUGUGACAGGCUCUGACUACGGCAUAGAUAAUGGAGUUACCAUAAAGUUCUGAGGGUGCAUUUGAUGGUGGUCAAUUUGUUCGGAAAAACAUAUAGGUGCACAGUUUUUGUUAUGAUUACUGUUCUGUAUUUUCAAUAGAAAUGGGGAUUGUGUGAUUGUUAAGUAAAGAAGUUUAGUAGAUUACUUAAAUAAGAUUUAUUUGACUCAUAUUGAGGAUUGAAUAAAAGCAAUUAUAAAUGCGAAGGUA